AUGCACUUACUUAGCAAAAGCGCUGUCCUCCUCCUGGCUCUGAGCGUCAGCGCCAGACCCAUCGAGGAGGCUCGCGCCGAGGCAACAACGGCGCCUGUUGGUUAUGGAGACUAUGGCUCCUACGGCAAGUACGGUGACUACGGCCACUACAAGCGCGAAGACAAGCCUACCAGCACAGCUUCUGCAACCGAGACUCCUGUUCCAGGAUACAGCAACUAUGGUGAUUACGGAAACUAUGGUAAAUACGGUGACUAUGGUCACUAUAAGCGUGACGAAGAACACACCACCACCGCCUCUGAGACCCCGACUCCUACUCCUACUCCCACUCCUGGGGACUACGGAGACUACGGAGACUACGGCGAUUACGGCAACUACGGCGAGUAUGGGAGCUAUGAAGAGUACAAGGUGAAGAGAGAUGAUGAGCCUUGCUCCACCACCACAGAGACCCCGACUCCCACUCCCACUCCCACUCCCACUCCCUCUCCUGCCGACUAUGGAGACUAUGGAGACUAUGGAGACUACGGCAACUAUGGUGACUAUGGCACCUACGAGAACUAUUAG